AUGCCUGCACUUGGGGCAGGCGUGUCCGUAAAACAGUGGGCGAGCUGGAGCCUCAGGCGUGAUGCGCCCAGUGUCGUCCGCUCCCUGCUGACUUUAACAGAGGAGAAUCUCGAGGCCGUUGCUGAAUUUUUUCAGCUCAGGAGGCUUCCAAUGGCGUCGUCUGCUGCCGUGCCACCGGGUCAUCGUGACGGCACGGGUGCGAGCGAGAGCCCCACGUGCUGGAUAUGCUACUCGAAUGACGAGGAGCAUGACCUCAUCAGCCCGUGCGAGUGCAAGGGGUCCAUCGGAUGGGUGCAUCAGGUCACACAACAACCACACACAGAAAAACCAGCACCGCAAAGGCACUCUUGGCAUGCCCAGGUUUGUGUUUGUUUCCCUGCUUUCCUGCUUCUGUCUGUCACACAGGAGUGUCUGCGGAAGUGGUUGGCGUCGCGUCCGUUGUCGCGUCGAGAGUUUCGGUGUUCCAACUGCGGGCAGCACUACCGCUACACCAUCACGCGCAAGGGCGGGCAGCCCAUCCCAUGGAAGCACGUGCUCUUCGAGGCCGACAGGGAGGUCGUCUGGGGCGUCAUUCAGAGGGUCGCAGGUCGGUCAGCGAUGGCGCACACAGACAGGAGAAUGGUCCUCCCUCUCCCUCUCCCUCUGCACCAUCUUUUGUGUUUGUGUUCAUUCAGGUUGCAUCAUCUUGGCGCUGGUUCACUUCCUCUACGUGGCGAUAAAGGUGCAUCUGUUCUCGUCCUUCUUCUGGGAGUACGUGUCGCGCGGCCCCGGGCCCCCCCUCACCCUGCGCAUGACCCCCGACGGCAUCUUCCACACCAUCCCCGACCUCUACUCGCUCAACCUCCCACACUUCUGGACAACAGCACCCGCAGAACAGACCACUGGCCACGAGCGGCAGUCAGACAAGACGGUGCGGCCCCACAACAACAGGGGCUCGCCGCUGGUGUCGUCGCUGCUGGACGAUGACGACCAGGCCGAGAGGGGGUAUUGGAAAGGCGGUGCUGGGGGAGGCGGGUGGAGGAAGGAUGUGGCCAAGAGUGGGGCCGGCGGGGCGGGGGAUGACCUGCCGCAUCCGUCGGGCGUGACUGAGAACUGGAGCAGGCUAUACGUCGCUUUCCAGAAUAUACACUGGUCAGUCUCAGUCAGUGCUGACUGCGAACAAAGUGCAGCACAGCCGUCUACUUGACAGAUGGAUCGAUCAUAUCUGGUGCCUCCCUCCCUCCUUGUCUGUGUGUGCAGGUUUUUCUGUGUGUUGAAUCUGUGGGGCUUCCUGCACUUCCACGAGAUUCUGCAGCCGUCCAUCCGCGACAUCAGCAGAAGGCUGGAAUCGCCACUCGGAGGUCACAUCACACAGACCCACACACCAGCCCGGCUGUGCACUCUCAUUCGCGCCGGCACUUCCUUUCUUUGCAGGUCCUGGCUCAUUGCUGGGCUCGAUGGUUCUUCGGAUCAUACAGAUCAACCCACCCGUCUUAAGCAAGGUGAGAGGUGAACCACACCACACGCCAGCCAAACGGACUUGCGACCAAGCACAGCACACGGAGGAGGCCGGGCCGUGAGGUGGUUGUGUGUGUGGGGGGGAUGUGAUGUGAUGUGUCAGUUGCGUUUGGUGUUGGUGAUAUGGAUGAACAGCACCGCCACGGCCCAGCUGCGCUCAUCCCUCAGCUACUUCGUCUACUCCAUCUUCACCUCAUACGUCGACAUGGCCGCACAGGUACGUUCAUACGCCCGCCAUGCCAAGACACUCAGACACGCGAAACACACACACACACACCCCUAUCCCUGCUCAUGUCCUCCUUCAUUCAGGCCGUGUUGGACAUGGCCAGUCUGUCUUUUUGGUUGGCCGUGACGUACAAGGAGGCCAUCCGGCUGAGGUACGACGUCCAUCGCGUCUCCGCCAUGCUCCUCGGCGACAUUCAUAUCCUCUCGCGCACACCGCUUCCACCGCGCAGACCCCAGCUCACCGACAGCAACAUGCUCCCACACCCACACCCACACCCACAAGCACCCCCACCCACCCAUCAGGGAGCCGCUGCUGAUGGGGUGCGGGAGAGGCGUCGAGCGGAUAAUGGGCCCAGUGAGGGUGUUGCGAGUGUGUCAGAGGAGCGGCAUGACGGCGUGCAUCGGCCUGAUGCGUCCCCUUCCCCUCCUGCUGCCGUCGCGGCAGCUGCUGCUGCCCCUGCAGCACCGGCCCCUGUGCAAGCGGCGCCUGUGGCCAACAUCAACAGGGGCUGGCGGGCCUUCCGUGCUCGGCUGCUGCCGUUGGGGAGGGGGCGGGGGAGGGGAGCGGCGCCGGCAAAUGGCAAUGCCGGUGGUGGUGGCGGAGACAGGGCGCAGCAAGGAUGAUAGGGGCGGCGCAUGUUGUAUGGAUGUGGUUCGACUUUCCACUGCCUGCCUGGCUUCUGGGUGGCUGGGCUGCUCGUGUGUGUAAGCAGUGUCUUGUAUUGUGACUGACCGACGUGAAUCGAUGUGAGUGAGUGAGAUUGAAGAAAGAUGGCCACCGAGUAAAAGUAAGGUCAACUGGGUGGGCGGAUGGAUGGAUGGAUAACUGGCCGUGUAAAGUGUUGGCUGUGCAGCUGGACAGUGAUUGCAUGGUCUGUAUAGGAAGAACAGUGACUGCUUGAUCGAUCAACCUGACUGACUCUGACACACUUACCUAUGUCUUUGUCGCGCGCUGCCCACAUACAGACAGAGCAGACUGACUGAUUUCAAUAUCAUUGCGGAAUGACUGAAAAGAUGUAUAGCGUAAUGAUGAAUGUGUGUAUGCAUGCAAUGGUGCGGGAAUGACUGAAAAGAUGUAUAGCGUAAUGAUGAAUGUGUGU